AUGGUAGUCUCUAGCUCUGCGAGCUGCCACGGUAACGUGCAGCGAGUGCAGGGGAUUGCGUGCUAAUCGAUGGUGUGCAGUGAGCUCUCUUCAUCUUUACUCUCUUUACGACGUCUAUGUGGUGUCGACAGCUCGAAGACGAGUGAAUUUUACUCCGAUUUCAACGUUAGAAGAUCAAAUUAGACCAGUCCAAUGGGAAAGAGAGACACGAGAGUUGCAUUUGUAAACCCAAUAGCGGCAGCGAGAGCAUCAGGGCCAAGACCUCAAGCUGGACCAUCCAUCCAGGAGUAUUUGAGUCGCCCAAGACCUACCUGGGAAGAAUGGCAGGAAGAACAGAAGAAAAGAGAAGCCAAAUCAAGCAGUCUGGCCUUCUGGGAAGACAAGAUGAACGAGAAAUUCAGAGAAGACUUGAAGAAGAAUAGAGACAAGCAGCUUGGAUCAUCAAGCAAAAACAAAAAGGAAAAGAAAUCAACAAAAAAGAAGAAGAAGAAACGAGAGAGGUCUCCAUCCUCGUCUUCAUCAUCUUAUGAAUCUUCUGAUAGUAGUGACUCAGAGUCUGAAGGAGAAAAGAGGAAGAAGCGAAAGAAAAGCAAAGAGAAAAAGAGUAGAAAGCGAAGAUAUAGCAGCGAUGACAGUAGUGAUGAAGACAGAAUAUCAUCGAAAUCAAGAGAGAGGAAGAAGUCCAAACACAAGAAGCACCGAAAGUCGAAGAAAAGGAAAGAAAAAAGAUCGUCUCCAUCGGACUGAAUUUCUUUAUCAUGUGUGGUACUGCCUUUAUUUGUGAAUACAGUAUGUUAUUACUCUGCCUAAAUAUUUUGAUGCAAAUGAAAUGGCAUGAAGAGGUACUUCCAGACAAUUAUAGAUACAAGUGUUAAAGAGAUGAAGGGUACCAAAGUGUGACGUCACAAAAACAGAUUUUGCAAUUACCCGUAAUUGAUUUGUACAUGUAUAUAUAUCUCCGAGUAUGAUGGAAAACAUCCACAUCACAAAUUAGUAGGAAUAUAUACCCAAUGAGCUCUACUGAAGAAGAUGUAUUAUUGGCCUUGUUAUAAACAUUUAGAUCCAGGCCAAUAUUACAUUGACUUUAUGACGUAAUCACUUUGGUAAUCGAUUUGGGAAAUCUUUAUUAAUAGCAGGUCACUGAAGAAUGUUUACAGUAUCCGUGCAGGAAAACUGAAUAUUUUGUGUGUAAUUAAUAGUUUGCAUAUGACAGUUUUGUGAAAAUAUCUAUAUAAUACUGUUUGACUUUGAGGGAGAUACCAUAUACCGUGUGAGUAAAAAAAAACUGUUUAAACCUCACAAAUCCCCAUUUUAAGGAAAUAAUAUGACAUGAACGCAUAGUCAUUAUAUAUGGUUAGAAAGAAUAUCUUCUUUCAAAUAAUUUGAUUUAUGUGGUAUGUCUUCACGCUUGGAUAAUCACCAGGUAUUCUUUGCAGUGAUUUAAAUUUUGACUUGCACCCAAAUAAGGAAUGACUGCAAUGAAUGAAUACAGGUGCCAAUGAUGUCAUAAUCCUACUUGAGCUAGUAAAAUUAUUUGCAUAUCCCUUUUUGAUGAAAUUAACUUGCGAAUUGAUUCUAAAAAGUGUUUAUUUAACAAAUAUAAUGUAAAUUAUUGAAAAGGUGUUUUGAAAUGGAUUUUAAUGCAACUUUUGUAGGAUUAUUUCAUCAUUGACAUCUGGAUUCAUUCUUUGCAGUCAUGCCUUACUUUGGCACAAAUCAAAAUUUACAUCACUGCAAAGAAUACCUCCUGAUCAUCCAAGCGUUACAAAAUACCACAUAAAUAUGGUAUCAAAUUAUUUGGGAGAAGAUACUCUUUCCAACCAUAUAUAACGAUUAUGCAUUCAUGACAUGUUUUUUCCUUAAAAUGAAGAUUUGUGAGGUGUCAAGUUUUUUUACUCACAUGGUAUAUUUCCCAAAGUAGUCCCAUAAUAUUGCCAGUGUCUUGACAAGGGCAAUAUGGGUCUACUGAGGGAAAUAUAUGAAUGGUAUCUCUCAAAACUUAUGCUAGUCAAUAUUAUUAUUACCCCCAUCUGUAUAAAAUGUAAUUCAAGCUAUUAUUUGUAGCAAUGAAUGUAUAGGCCCGUUUGCCUGCCGGUACUUCUUAUUUCAGGUUAUUUAUGAAUUGAUGAAGUGAUCCUGGCCAAAGUGAUUAAGAUGUAAAGUGUUAAGGUGUAAUUUAUCAACUUAACGCCUACGCUUGGGUUUGAUCAGCUGGGAAUUCUGGAUGUGCAGAGGCCCAAUGGGAAAUGACAAAUUUUGUGGAGGAAGUGUGUAUGGAUAUUAUGCCUAGUUGUACAGCUGUACACUGGCUGGGUCAUUGUGAUGUAUAGUUAAUCAAUCCGACAAUUGUAUCAUGUCCAGAAUUCCUCAUUCAGGUAGUAACGCUGUUAUGCCAGGGUUUUGUUCUCGGAGGGGGGGGGGAUCUUCAUCUUCAAAGUUUUCCUCUGAGUGAUCUCCUUAGGGUACUGAUUACCCUAAGGAGAGUGGUCCCUGUGAGAGCCGACCAGUGGUUGCAUUUCCCUCUUGAAGAGCUGAUCUCAGGGCCAGGGGUUUUUGGGGGAGGGAGAUGUCGGGUGGAGUCGUCAAAGGGAGAGGGGUUCUGUGUGGGAGUCAUCCCAAGGGGAAUUGUUGCGUGGGAGUUAUCCCAAGGGGAGAUGUCGGGUGGGAGUUGUCCCAGGGGGAGCUGUCACUUGUCUCUGAGGGAGUUACAUCUGGGGACUGGUCCUGGAACCUGGAACUUGCCUUUUCAGAAUUAUGAUACAAGGAAUUUAAACAUAAUUGAGGAUAUGACUAUUUAGGUGUGAACAGAGAAAGGAAUAAUUAUAGAUGAAUUUUACUUAAGUUUUCUCUUUUAGUUUUUUAGUAAUACCAUUUUAAUGAAUUUACUGUACAUCAUUUGGCACUGUAUCAAGUGUUCUUGGGUAGCAUAUUCAUAGCAAAGUCAAGUCACUAGAUGUUCAAAUCACAUCAGAAACAUGUGUCAUGCAAUGUUUGCUAUUCUUCAAAUUACAGCAUUCCAACUACAUGGAUAUCAAAGGUGAAUUAUUCUAUUUCUUUAAUGUAGUGUGAAAGCUUCAUUUUUUACAAUUGACCAGCGUGUGACAGAUGAGAUGUACCGCAUGCUGUAAAAUAGUAGCAGAUAUGACACAAUUUUAGCAAUCAACACCCAUUAACUGCCUUUAUAGAAUAUGCUUUGGCAUACCAAUGGAAGCAAUGUUGUUUCCCGAUUGUAAAACGGAAGAGUUUCACAGUAGGCUAUCCAUAGUUAAACUGCAUCUAUGGACCAGGGUUUUGAUAUAAAAAAACGUGUCAGGUUAUUUUUUGUUUUCCCCAUGCAAAGUGGGUGGCAGAAUUUGACUAAAUUGCAUUUUGAAUAUUUAUCCCAUUUUAUUUUUCCUGGUAUAGAUUUGAGCAACAUAAACUCUGUAUUUCCAUAAUACUGUAGUGCUUGAGAAGACCUUCCAAAUCCUGUUAGCAGAAUGAAGAAAAUUUCUGUCCAGUGUAAAUUGAUUAUACCAGGCCUAGGAUAACGCAGGACUGUUCUGAUCUUGGAAUAUUUCAUGAAUUAAUUUGUAAAGUUACAAAUGACUUUGCGCUUGACUGGGAACAUGUUUUGAGGUGCUAAUACAUUGACAUAGGGAUACAUUGUACCACAAGAAAGGGUCACCAGUCAUGCUUGAAAUCAUUUGUAACUUAUACCUUGGUUACAUUUACUCUACGGCGGCUGUACGACAGUCGAAAACAGUCGUUUUAACAUUUUUUUACCAGCUAUACAUAGGUGGUUUGAAUAAAAAUGAAUAAAACUGCUGUUUUCUACUCGCCGUACGGCCGCCAUAGAUCAAAUGUGACCGAGGUAUUAAGAGUUGCUUUAUGAAACAUCCAACAAGCAUUCUGUAAGAUAUAUAUUGACUUGGUACUGGUUGGAGAUCUCUGUAAGGCAUUGGUGUGCAAUUUAACAUUAAUUGUAAAUCUAUACAUGCAUCUAGAAACAGUGACUGAUAAUGCAUGGAUAUGGUUUGGAAAAAACACAGCAGAAGAUGUACAUAUAUUCGCAAAGAAAGUCAUUUUUCAUGUAGAUAGAACAAAAUUAAAUAUAUUAUCUAUAUCUCCAUUGUACAGAGGUGUGUUUUUAAUUUAAGUGUAAAUAUAUGGCAAAGCAAGAUUUGAAAAGAAACAAAUAAAACAUGAAGGACUAAACCUGGGUUGUAUGCAGAAUGUGAAACGAAAGUGCACUGUAUAAAACAGAAAAAUUAAUCAUGAAAAAUUUAA